CCGGCGGCGCUCACGUGACCGCGCGCCCUGCCAGCGCCGGGAGUGAUGGCGGCGGCGUUGGCGCGCCUGCUGCUGCUGGGACUCGCAGCGUACGGACCCACGUACGCGGGCGCCGCCAAGAUGAAGGUGGUGGAGGAGCCCAACACGUUCGGGCUCAACAACCCGUUCCUGCCCCAGACCAGUCGCCUGCAGCCCAAGAGGGACCCUUCCCCCGUGUCUGGGCCUGCGCAUCUCUUCAGACUUUCUGGCAAGUGCUUCAGCCUGGUGGAGUCCACCUGUACCCCCAGGUACAAGUACGAGUUCUGCCCAUUCCACAACGUGACCCAGCACGAGCAGACCUUCCGCUGGAACGCCUACAGUGGGAUCCUCGGCAUCUGGCACGAGUGGGAAAUCGCCAAUAACACCUUCAGGGGCAUGUGGAUGAGGGACGGUGACUCCUGCCACUCCCGGAGCCGGCAGAGCAAGGUGGAGCUUACCUGUGGGAAAAGCAACCGACUGGCUCAUGUGUCUGAGCCAAGCACCUGUGUCUACGCGCUGACCUUCGAGACACCCCUGGUCUGCCACCCCCACUCCUUGUUAGUGUACCCAGCCCUGCCUACGGCCCUGCAGCAGAGGUGGGACCAGGUGGAGCAGGACCUGGCCGACGAGCUAAUCACUGCCCAGGGCUAUGAGAAGUUGCUCAGAGCACUUUUUCAGGAUGCUGGCUUUUUAAAGACCCCAGAAGAAAGUGAAUCCACACAGGAAGGCGAUGCUCAGGGUCUGGUGUUUGAGACCUUGGACAGCUGCAGUAAGGCACAUAAAGAACUAUCAAAGGAGAUUAAAAGACUUCAAAGUGUGCUGACCCAACAUGGCAUCCCCUACACUAAGCCUGUGGAAACUUCCAGCUCUGAGCACUUGGGCUCCAAGAUACCCACAGACAGGACAGCAGAGCAGCUACUUGGCAGCCCAGGGCUGCUUGGGAACACCUUAUGACCUGGGAGGGGGCUGAAGACAGACCAGACUGGCAUCCUGUAGCAGGAAGGAGCAGCAGGCCGGGACCCUGGUGCAGAGCGAGAAGGCCCGGGAAAAGCACGCGACAGGCAGGUGUGCUUCCUCUGUGCCUUCCAGGCCAGUGGCUCUCAGGAUUGUACUCAAAGAUACGGACAAAUAAAGAUUCAAAGUUUUAAUUCCA